GGGAAAAUGGAAGUACCCAGUAUGAACUUUAUUAUUCUAAGGGAUUGUUUCGGACAUGUAGUUGAAAAAAACAUGUGGACACUGGGCUUUACGACAAAGUCUAAACAAAUCAGUGUUUUACGAGGUGAGUUAUCAGAAGCUCUUCCAGAGGCUGAACAGCCUGCAGACUUAACUAAAGUAGCUCUUGUUGGAAUUGAAUGUAAAUCAUUACGUCUUGAGUGUCCAAUGAAGGAUAUGGCUCGACUAUCUGAGGAAGAAACCAACUUGCUUUUAGCAAUUACUUCACCUGAAGGAAGAUACAAAGCAUAUAUAGAUAGGAAACAUAUGGCAUUUGGCCAACAAUUGUCAAUUGGAAGUGAUGUUUGGGUUGAAGUGGAAGGAAUCACACAGAUUUUGCCUGGUACUGUUUGGUAUAAAGGUGUAUUACCGCCCAAUCUGGGAACUUGGUUUGGAGUUGAACUCAUUAAACAUCCAGGGUCAGGAACAUGCGAUGGAACAUUUGGCAACAAGCAAUACUUUGUCUGUGGGCUAGACUGUGGGGUUUUUGUUGGACUGGACAAAUUGACACCUAGAGGAAAUGAAGAUGACUUGAAAUCUUCGAAAAUUGCAGAACAAGACGAAAACAUUCAGGCUGAACUUAAAUCAAGUCUUCAGGAUGCUAUAUCGUCAUUUUGGAAGGGAAAACACGAGCAAAGGCAAUUUCAAGGAAUUGAUGGAGUGCUUAAGACUGGUGAAAGAGUUGUGACAUUUAUUGAGGAUAGUCCAGCCAGGGGAACUGUGCGAUAUAUUGGUGAGGAGGAGGAUAGAAAUUUUCGUACAAUUGUAGGAUUAGAACUGGAUGAAAGAUUGGGAUUUGGUUGUGGUAAAAGACGUGGCUCUCAAAAGUUUGUUUGUAAGAGGGAUUUUGCAGCAUUUGUACCAUUGGAAACUGUCAUACCAGAGAAGGACUUUGAUGGUUAUUUUGGAGAAGCUGCAGGACAAGAAGCUCAGGGAAAGCGGGAGCAAAUUCAUGAAGACGAAAUGUAUGCAAGAUCAAUGAGCUGUGGUAAUUUACCAUCAGUUACUAGUACGGAAUCUGUCAAAAAACUAAGAAGAGCAACUUUAAUGACCUUUGCUGAAACAGAACUCAUGAUGGCAGCUGGAGAAUCCAGCAAAACCAAUCGACAGAAAUUUAUAGAGAAACGACGUCAGAUGCUCAGGGAGUUUGAGUGUAAAAACCUGCCCAGUGACAAUCAAGAUAAUGCUGUCAUCACACACGAUGCAGAAAGGAGAGACAGUACCGAAGAUUUUCACUUUAAUGAUGCUCCUUUCAAAGACACUCCUCUGGUCAGUUGUGGUCAAACUUGGGAAAGGACGGUUCACCUCGGUUUGGCCAGUAGUGACCCCGAGAAUAGAAGACGAAAAACUCUUGAAAAGCAACGGCAAUCACGAGACAUGGAAGGUCAGCUGCCGAGCUUGCAAGAGAAACCGAGAGAAAAUGACGAAGAAGAAAAGAAUUUACUCGAACGAUUGAGAGAGAUGGAGCAGCAGUUGACUCAAUUACGAGCACAACUGGAAGAGAAAGAGUCGGAAAAGCAGGAACAAGGUGACAGAUUACAGAGACAGUUGCGGGAGAUGGAGCAACGGUUGGCAGACGAACACGAACGACUGCAGGAGAAGCAUGAUCAGCCUGUGAACCCCGAAGCACAAGUGAAACAGAUGGAGGAACAGCUGACAAACGCUCAAGGACAGUUACAAGAGAAGCAUGAUCAGUUAGUGAACUCCAAAGCACAAGUGAAAAAGAUGGAGGAACAGCUGACAAACGCUCAAGGACAGUUACAAGAGAAGCAUGAUCAGUUAGUGAACUCCGAAGCACAAGUGAAAAAGAUGGAGGAACAGCUGACAAACGCUCAAGGACAGCUACAAGAGAAGCAUGAUCAGUUAGUUAACUCAGAGACACAAGUCCGGGAGACAGAGGAACAAGUGACAAACUUACGAAGACAGUUACAUGAACAUUUAGUGAAUUCAGACGUACAAAUUAGAGAGGCGACACAGCAAUUGACCAAUAUCCAAGAGCAACUACAGGGAAAAGAUGAAGAAAUUGCUGGUUUAAAAAAUCAGUUAACUGAACUCGAAAUGACUCUCUCGACAGCUCAACAAUUAGCGUUAAAUGCACGUCAACGGCAGGAGUCACCUGACUGGGUCAUUUCACGCGAUCAAAUUCACGUGACAGAUAAAUGCCUCGGAAGGGGAGGCUGGGGACAUGUUGUGGAAGGAAAGUAUUGUGGUUGUGCCGUAGCUGUGAAACAAAUCCAUGAGUUGAUUCUUUCCAAUCACAACCGCAGUUUGUUUGUGCGAGAAAUGAACAUAGCUUCAAGAUGUCGUCACCCAUGUUUGUUGCAGUUCAUUGGGGCAACAAAUGACGAAGGAAGUCCUUUGUUUGUCACAGAGCUGAUGGAAACAAGUUUACGAGCACUGUUAAAGCGACCGCUUUCCGCUACUGAAUUGUUCGUUAUUUCCCUGGAUGUGGCUCGAGCAUUAAACUAUCUUCACCAGAAGCAACCAUCUCCCAUCAUUCACCGGGACAUCAGCAGUGCAAAUGUGUUGCUAUGGCGACAAGGUGACCAAUGGCGAGCCAAGGUUUCAGAUUAUGGCACAGCCAAUUUCAUGCGACAUACCAUGACAGUUGCACCUGGAGCGCCAAUUUACAGUGCACCUGAAGCAGUCACUAAAAACCAAACCGUUAAGGUUGAUGUAUACAGUUUUGGUGUUCUUCUUUGUGAGAUGUCGAUCCAGGAAAUGCCAGAUCCUGAAAAGCGUGAACAGCAAGUUGCACUUGUAACAAACCGUGUGAUUCGAGCUCUCAUCCGGGGAUGCUUGCAAACAGAGCCUGAGGAGAGACCGUGUAUGGAGGAAAUAAUCGAUGAACUUGAACAGCCAACGUGAGACAAUUUUUGAUACUAUUGGUUGUGUACAUUUAAAUAUAAAGCGUAAAGGUAUUUCCUCAGAAAUAAUUUGUUCGGUAAGUUAGUUAGUAAGUCUUCAGACACGAUCGGUAUUAUUUUAUUAUGAUGAUAUAGAGAAGUCGUUCAUGAUAAAAUGCAAUUAUAGAUGAGGAUAGCUUUUAUCAACAAUUUGGUACUGUAUCAGCAAAAUGUGAGAAAAGAUAGCUAGAUAGAUAGUUUGAAUCGUUAGAGAAAUUUAGAAAGAAGUACUUUUAGUUCGAAUUUCUUUAGUCCAUGAAACAAUUCAAAAUAGUGGUCGUCAUGAUGUGUUUUGUUGAAAAGCCUUAAAUUGUGAAAAUAGUCCAUUUGGAUGUGCUCUGCGCCCAUUGACAUUCCGCAUGCCUAUACUGGUACGCGCAAGACGUUGAUGCGGUCACCAGAGCGUUCAGGAUAAUUGGUCUUUGUGCGAAAUGCGGUACACAGGGCGAUUUCACAUCGGCUGUUUUGAGCUACGAGACAAUAUGUAUAAGGUGAAAAAGAGAGAGAUUAUAAGGUUCACCGUGAUACGAUUUUGUUUUGGUGAACAUAGAUGAAAGAGAAAUACUUUGUAAACGGAACGGAACAUUUUCUCUUUAUUGUUUUGAAGUGUAGACGUGGUAAACAUAGAUUUAUAUUGAAUAGAGGGGGUAAGUUUCUGAAAAAACCGUGGUGCUGCGUCGGUGAGAUAGUAUAACAAGGUAAUUUAGUGUUAUCAAUUGAGUUGAUACCGUCAAGAGUUUAAGAGCUGACGUUUCGAGCAUUAGCCCUUCGUCAAUCGCUUUGACAAGGGGCUGACGCUCUAAACGUCAGCUUUUAAACUUUUCACGGUGGCCAAGUUACGUUAUCAACUCAGUUGAUAAUACGAAAUUACCUUAUAGAUUUAUAUUGGUAUGGUUUUUUAACUUUUUUGUAGGCCAUGCAAAAAGACAAACUAACUCAAUCAAAAACGAAAACAAGAACGAAAAAAACUUAAGUACAGGACCGUUUUGUGGAACAAUGAUGGAAGGAGUGCUUGCAGAAUAACAGAUCAGAUAGUAAACUGAUUAGCUUAUGUUUCGUACAGGAAAUCAGGUUUUGAGCUGAGAAUAGGUUCAAAAUACGGCUUGUUUGUUACCUUUUUUGCGCCGAAUUAGCAAUUUUCUACACAGAAGUACCUCUCUUUCGCAUUGUGUUACCUGAAAACUGCAUAUCUCCCAACCAAUCAGAAUGAAGAAAAUUUGUCAUGUAAAUUUGUCACCAACAUUGAGGGAAUAGUUGUGUUACCACAUACUAAAACCGUGAGAUAAUAUAGAUAAUAUAACCCAAAAAGAUGAUUUAACCUCGCUUGUUCCUGCAGCGAUAAAAAUAUUUUCUGGUGCAAUCCCGCGCGAGUUGCUCGGCAGUGAAUAGCAAAGGAUAUUCGAAGUUUGAACGGCCAAUCAGAGCGUGCUUUAACACUAUCCACUAUAUUAGUAUAUAUUAAAUUUGUUAUAAUUAUCUCUAUCGCCAAAGUUGUGAAAUUUUAUGGGAUAUGACUACCAUACACUAUGUGUAGCUUUGUUGCGAGGAUAGCUGACCUGCGAGCACAAAAAAACUGAAGAUCCAUAUUUAAUGUUGUUAAAUAUUUAAAUCUACCAAGGUAUAGCGCAGUAUCACUGCUAACACGGUAUUGCUGUAGUAACAAAAGCGAAUAAGUUUUGUAUCGUGAUCCAACCAUUGAGUAUAACUCAAACUAGAAAAUGAAAAAGGAAGAUAGAUUUAGACCUACCUUAAUUUCAACUCCAUGUCGUAUCGUAUUUUUCCAGCGGUUGCGUGAAAUCCCUCGCAUUUUCGUGGCACCUAGUGCCGCAAGCGAGCCAACAGAAACAUCGUUGCAGAAUACAUGGAGAGUUCGAGGUUCCGAAACCUACCAUUAUUGAUUGAGGGCCAAACUUUGAAAGGCUGUAAAAGUGAUACGACUAUACCGCCUUGAAAGGUGUCUCUCUUGUGAGUAAAACUAUGGAAGGAUCGCGUUACCUUUCAAUAGUGCUGAUUAACAAUAGUUUGUAGUAAGCAGGGCAUGUUAUCAUAAUCAUUUGUUUUAAAGAGUCACUUUUCGUGGCUGAAGUUAAUCAAACGUUUCUGAAGUAAAUUUCAUUCCCGAUUGCGGAACAAGUCGAUAAAGAGAUUUAGCAAGUGGAUAGCGUGAUCCAAUCUUCGAACAGCUGUGUUCUGAUCUCU